AUGACUUUGCGUCUCAGGACGUCAUUUUUUAUGGGUCUGUUCCCUUCUACCGUCUCUUUCCCUACCGCACUGCCUCUCCCCCCCCCCCCCCCGUCGCUCUUUCUUGCUCCAGGUCCUCCCCAGGUAGACCCCCUUCCCAUGCCAGGUCCUGCUCCCUCAGGUGAUUCUCAGGUAGACCCUCCUGUGCCUGCGCCUGUUGAGGUCACUGGUGACUCAGGUCCUGCUGGGGGUGGUCCUGCUCGGGGUGCUGUCUCUGGGGGUGCUGAGCCUGGGGGUGCCGAGCCUGAGCGAGGGGAGCCUGGUGGUGCUGAGCCUGGGGGUGCGGAGCCUGGGGGUGCUGAGCCUGCACGUGAGGAGCCUGGAGGUGCUGAGCUUGGGGGUGCCGAGUCUGAGGGUACUGAGCCUACGCGUGAGGAGCCUGGGGGUGCUGAGCCUGGGGGUACUAUGUCCGAGGGUGCUGAGCCUACGCAUGAGGAGCCCAGGGGUAAUGAGUCUAACGGUGCGGCGCCUGAGUGCACUGCUCCUACUGCUGCGCGGUCUCCUUGGAGUAGCCGCCUACGUCCGCGUACACAUCUCACCUCACAGCAGCUGCACGACUGGUACGGUCGCCGUCAGGGUCGCGCUGCUGACACUCGUGGAGGUACUUCUGCUGUCGUCACUGGAGCUCGGAGUGGAGCUAGGACUUUGUCUACUGGAGGUGCUGGAGUCGCUGGUCCCGGAGGUGCUCGUCCUGGAGCUGCCGAUUCUAGGGGUGCUGCUACUGGAGACACUGAGGCUGGAGACCCUGGGACUGGGGGUGCUGGUUCUGGGGGUGCUGCUGCUGGAGACACUGAGACUGGAGACCCUGGGACUGGAGGUGCUGGUUCUGGGGGUACUGCUACUGGUAGAGCUGGUCCUGGAGGUGCUGCCGCUAGAGGUUCUGACGCGGCUGGGGGUACUGGAGCUACUGGAGGUGCUGGAGCUGCUGGUGCUGGUAGCACUGCACCGACUCGACUUUUCUUCGCUCCGCUGUCUACGUCGUCUCAGCCACCGUCCGGCUCUGCCCUUCGCCAGGUUCUUGACCUCCCGUCUUCUACUGGUCUACAGUUACUGCCUGGCUCUCCGCUGCCUGCUCCUUCUCCUUACACUGAGCAGACAAGGGGUCUUGCUGAGCGUCGUGAGCCUGCGUCGCAUCCUGUCUCGCCUGUUCGUCCUCGUCGUACCGUUCGUCGUGUUCCUCGUCAGCGUCAGCCGGCUGUCUCCGGCACGCGUCUCGUAGUCCUGCGUCCUUCCUCUCUUCCACAGCGUACUCCCCUGCCGUCUCCCCCCACGUCCUCUCUGCCUGACGUUCCGAACCCUGAGUCUGACCGGUUUCGUGCUGCACACCCUACUGUCACGCGUCUGUUAGCCACUGUUGUCACUGACCCGUCGUUUGAGGCUAUUGUUGCGUCUGCCUUGGCUGCUGAGCUUGUUGACUUUGCUGCUACCUGUCGUCUAGACUACGCCGCUAGUCUUGUUGCUGAGUCUGUGUCUGUCUGUCCUCCGUCCGUCGGGGGUGAGUGUGCUCUUGGCAUGGACGUCCUUGAGGACAGGCACGAGGACCUUGAGUGUCUUGCAGCCGCUGCACCUCAUCUCGUGGCCAUGCUGCUUGCCCCUGAGGGAGACUCGGAUGCACCAGACAUCCCGACCCCGCGCUCUUACGCUGAGGCGAUCGCGGGUGAGUACUCCUCUCAGUGGCAGACAGCCAUGGACGCUGAGAUGGCAUCCUGGAAGUCCACAGGCACUUACGUCGAUGAGGUUCCCCCACCUGGGGCGAACAUCGUCGAUGGCAUCCUGCACGAGGAGAUCUGGCUGCGCCGCCCGCCUGGCUUCACUGGGUCGUUCCCUCCUGGUACCAAGUGGAGCCUCCGACGGCCAGUCUACGGUCUCCGCCAGGCGCCUCGUGAGUGGCACGACACACUGAGGACGACACUUGCGGCUCUUGGAUUUGCUCCUUCCACUGCUGACCCGUCGCUGUUUCUGCGCACCGACACUUCGCUGCCACCGUUCUACAUCCUCAUGUACCCGGUUUUUGCCACUGCUGACACUGAGGCUGUGGCUCAGGUGAAGUCGGAGCUGCAGAAGAGACACACGUGCACAGACCUGGGUGAGCUGCGCAGCUACCUUGGCUUGCAGAUCACCCGGGACAGAGCACGUCGCACCAUCACCCUGACUCAGUCACACAUGGUGCAGCAGGUCCUUCAGCGCUUCGGCUUCUCCUGGUCCUCCCCACAGGCCACUCCUCUGGCUACAGGUCACUCGCUCUCAGCUCCACCUUCGGACGAGUCCGUAGAGCCGGGUGGUCCUUACCCAGAGCUUGUUGGCUGCCUCAUGUACCUGAUGACCUGCACUCGACCUGACCUUGCAUACCCUCUUGGCCUUUUGGCUCGUUACGUGGCUCCUGGCAGGCACCGAAAGGUGCACAUGGAUGCUGCCAAGAGGGUGUUGCGUUAUCUGUACAAUACAUCAGGCAUGGUCCUCGUGCUUGGAGGACGGAGUGAGGUGGUCCUCACUGGGCACUCAGACGCGUCUUGGGUUGACGACCAGACUACACAGCGGUCGUCGCAGGGUUACACCUUCAGCCUUGGCUCUGGCUCUGUUUCUUGGCGUUCUACACGCUCGUCUUCUGUUCUCAGCUCCAGUUGUGAGGCUGAGAUCUACGCCACCGCCAUGGCUGCACAGGAGCUACGCUGGCUCACCUACCUGCUGACUGACUUGAGUGAGUGGCCUCGUUCUCCUCCAGUUCUGUACGUUGACAACAAGGCGGCCAUUGCCUUGUGUGAGGAGCACAGACUGGAGCACAGAACGAAGCACACCACUCUCUGUUACUUCCUAGCUCGAAAGUUGCAGCAGCAAGGUCAGCUUCGUCUUCGUCACGUGGCCACUCGGGCCAACACUACUGAUAUAUUCACCAAGGCACUUCCGUCUGGUGAUCAUCAGCGUUUUUGUACCUUGUUAGGCCUUGUGCCUACGUUUCCACACUUGCUGUAG